CCCAUUUCUACCAGCCACAAGCGGGAGUCGACGGAGUGACGCUGGGACAGACGAGUACGACCGAAAGACCGACGGAUUAUAAGAAACACACGCCCAUCUCUUUCGCCGCCGGCCCGCCAAUCUCCAUCCGCCCAUCCCGCCACCGCUCCCCGCCUCCAGGAGUUUUUGCAGGAGUCACGGGCUCACGGCCCUCAGCGGCGACUGGGCCCCUCAGCGGCUCUGCGUCUCAGCCCCUCUGUGGACCGCGGCUCGCCAGUUCUGUCUCUCACAGCCUUGGUAUUUUCCAGUCACCUCGGCUAAGUUUCAUCCUUUGCCCAAUAUUGCUCAAAAGUUCAUAUUGUCGGACUUCAGAGGUUAUUUCUAAUGCUCUUUUUCUGUCCGCGUGCACUAUGCUCAACGAAUUUUCUGAAAGAAUCUCUCUAUAGGCUGCUAUCCACAAUAACAUCUAUCAACAUUACUCAUACCACUGGGACACACUUCAUAAACGAAAAAUGGAGUAACGAUUACAUUAGCUCACUGUGCAAACGGAAGCAAUUUAAAGGAGCUCUCGAGGCAUUCCAGCUCUUGAAGAGGACCACAGAUCACUAUGUAUACCCGAGCACCUACACUAACUUGUUAUCCGCCUGCUCAUCCUUACGGUCGUUAGAAUCUGCACGAGAACUACACAACCAUGUCUUGAUGUCUGGAUAUGAGCCUGACACGAUCUUUCAAAAUCAUGUUCUUAACAUGUUUGGAAAGUGUGGUUCUAUGAAGGACGCUAGAAAGGUAUUUGAUCAAAUGCUGGAGCGAAAUGUGGUUUCUUGGACUUCCAUCAUUGCUGGGUACUCCCAAAAUCACCAGGAAAUGGAAGCAAUAAGAUUGUAUUUUCAAAUGCGAGAGUCUGGAGUCAUGCCUGACCCAUUCACUUUUGGGGCGUUACUAAAAGCUUGUUGUAGUUUGGGUAAGCUAGAGCUAGCACAGCAGUUACACUGCCAGGUCAUCAAGUCCAAACACGGGUCCCAUCUCAUCCCUCAAAAUGCACUGGUUGCAAUGUAUACAAAGUUCUGUAAGAUUUGUGAGGCAGGGAAUGUGUUUUCUUAUAUGAAGUCAAAGGACUUGAUCUCAUGGAGUUCAAUCAUCGCCGGGUUUUCACAACAUGGUUAUGAGUUCGAAGCUCUGUAUCAUUUUAAGGAAAUGUUUGGUUUGGGAAUUUACCAACUGAACGAAUUUAUUUUUGGCAGUAUUUUCAGUGCAUGCAGUGGUAUUAUGCAGCCUGAAUACGGAAAACAAGCACAUGGUAUUUGUAUAAAGUUUGGGCUUGAGAAAGAUACUUAUGCCGGUUGUUCUCUUGCUGAUAUGUAUGCUAGAUGUGGCCUAUUACAAUCUGCAGAAACUGCAUUCUACCAUAUAGACAGCCCUGAUUUAGUCUCCUGGAAUGCAAUCAUUAAUGGUUUUUCUUCUAACGGAGAUUCUAAUAAAGCAUUGAUUUUAUUUUCGCAGAUGAGGCAUGUGGAGUUGGCUCCAGAUGAUCUCACAAUGCGUUCUCUUCUGUGUUCCUUUAACUGUCCCUUCACAUGGUUUCAAGGAAAACAGGUACAUUGCUUUAUAAUCAAGAUGGGGUUUGAUUCAAACAUUCCAGUGUGUAACACGCUGAUUUCAAUGUAUUCAAAUUGUUCAGAUCUUCCAAGCGCUUGUAGGGCAUUCAAUGAAAUUCAACACAAUGCUGAUCUGGUUUCAUGGAAUGCCAUUCUCACGGUUCAUAUACAACACAAUGAGGUGGCAGAAGUUUUCUCUCUGUUUAAGAUAAUGCUCCAUAAAUCUCCUGAUAAUAAGCCCGACCAUAUCACUUUAGUCAAUGUAAUCGGGGCUUGUGGGAAGGUAUCAUCAUUAGAAAUUGGAGACCAAAUACAUCUCUAUGCUUUGAGAACCGGGCUUAGCCGUGAUGCCACGAUCGGGAAUGGGUUAAUCGACAUGUACGUGAAAUGUGGAUCAUUAGGAAAUGCCAGAAAGCUCUUUGAUGGUUUGGAGAGCGCUGAUGUGUUCUCGUGGAGUAGUUUGAUUGUGGGGUGUGCUCAGUUCGGGCUUUGCGAAGAAGCUCUAAAGCUUUUCAGGGAAAUGAGGGAUUUAGGGGUCAAACCAAGUCCGGUUACUUUCGUUGGCGUUCUAACAGCUUGUAGUCAUGUUGGACUGGUGAAGGAGGGUUGGGCGUUGUUCCAACAAAUGGAGACCGAGUAUGGAAUUGUACCCACAAGAGAACACUGCUCUUGUGUGGUUGACAUGUUUUCCCGAGCUGGAUGCAUAAAUGAAGCGGAAGCUUUUAUAAACCAAACACCGUUCGAACCUGACGUUGUAAUGUGGAAAACAUUGUUGGCAGCAUGUAGAACUCGCAAUAAUCUUGAUGUUGGAAAAAGGGCCGCUGAGAAUGUUUUGAAGAUUGAUCCCUCAAACUCUGCAGCACAUGUGUUGCUCUGCAACAUAUAUGCUUCUGCUGGGAAUUGGAAGGACUUCGCGAUGGUCAAAGGUUUGAUGAGACAGGAUGGCAUAAAGAAAUCUCCUGGCCGGAGUUGGAUUGAGGGCAAAGAUGGGAUUCAUGUGUUUUUGGCUCAAGAUGGUCAGCAUCCAGAAAGAGAGAAGAUAUAUGCAAUGCUUAAUGAGCUUUGCUUGCAAAUGGUAGAUUUUGGGGGCGAUGCUCCAGUUCAUGUAUGAGAUUCCAUAGGAACUUAAACUUAGCUAUGGGAGCAAGAUAUUUUGAUUACAGUUUUGGACUUUUGGUUGCCGUUUUUGUAAGAGCCAAAGACUUUCUUUGCCGCUGCGUAUGGCGUUUUUAGCUGCUAAACCAGAGUUUCCUCCGUCAUAUCUUUUAUCCUCAAAAUUCCAUCUAUAGACAUGUGGGGCAGGUUGUUCUCUAGUUACUAGGUUUCAUGUAUAAACAUACAGUUCUGGGAAAAUAUCAUGGGAUCGGUUUGUUUUGGCGGCUGUGAAGGCUUCCAUCAAGCAGCCAGGAGCUUUUCCCAGGUUGAAGAUAUGGUUAUUUGAACACAUUUAUGUGCAAAGCCAUACAGUAUUUUAUGCGUUUAUAUAUUUUUAACAUCUCCAGCUCUAAGUAGGAUUAUUCGACUCGUCGACUUCUCAUGAGGAUAUUGAAGUAGUCAGUCCAUGCAAUUUCGGACGCGAUUUUCAUUAUGGGUCAUCCGGAAACAGUCUCUGUACAGGGGUAAGACUGCAUACAUCCGACCCCCCUUACCCCACCGUAGGUGGAGCCUUUGCAGCACUGGGGUAAAUGAUGAUUGAUUGAUUGAUAUAUAUUGUUUUCUCCAAACAAGCUGAUCAUGAAGUGUUAAAGCAUGAAGUGCUAAAGUUACUGUUGCAUUGCUGUGAGCAGGAGAAAGUAACUGUAAAUUGGUGAUUUUGAACAUUGUGUCGUGUAUGGGAACUUGAUGCCGGCAGUCCAUUAAUUUACAGGCCGAAUUUGUGUUCUAUCCUAUGGUUUUCUAAAACAAACAUGUUGCUUGUUUUGUAUUCGUAUAUAUUACUUUCCAUUGAAGAACUCUAGAACUCUAUUUAUUGUUGGGAGUUCUAGUCUUCUAGACAUCAGUGUUGUGACUUUUUUUUAUCAAUCAAUUGCUUAAUGUAGGUACAUUUACAAUACUUCUCUUUUUU